AUGUCUGAAUUCUACAAAUUGAGUCCAAAGGACAAGAAAGGUGAGCCAUUUCCGUUCUCUCAGUUGGAGGGCAAGGUGGUCUUGAUCGUCAACGUUGCAUCGAAAUGUGGAUUCACUCCACAAUAUGAGGAAUUGGAGGCUCUUUACAAAAAAUACAAGGACCAGGGUCUAGUCGUUCUUGGAUUCCCUUGCAACCAGUUUGGGAGCCAGGAACCUGGCAGUGAUGAGGAAAUUGGCCAGUUCUGUCAGUUGAACUACGGUGUCAGUUUCCCUGUGUUGAAGAAAGUUGAUGUGAAUGGUGGGAAUGCAGACCCUGUCUACGAAUAUCUAAAGUCUCAAAAGUCAGGCUUGCUAGGUUUCAGAGGUAUCAAAUGGAACUUUGAGAAAUUCUUGGUUGAUAAGAAGGGUGUUGUUCAGCAAAGAUACUCAUCUUUGACCAAGCCGUCUUCGUUGGACUCCGCGAUUGCCGAUUUGCUCAAGGCUUAA